CGUCUAUUCGGCUUCACUCUGAACUCACUUCGCACUCACUGCUACAUGCAAUAUCGCCUUGUUCGCUUCCAAACAUCCAAACAUAUUUAAUAACUGUUUUGUUCAGAUUCAGGAAAACAUGCGCGAGUGCAUCUCCAUCCAUGUUGGUCAAGCCGGUGUCCAGAUUGGCAACGCCUGCUGGGAGCUGUACUGCCUGGAGCACGGCAUCCAGCCGGACGGACAGAUGUCCGACCAGAAGAACACCGGAGGAGGAGACGACUCCUUCAACACUUUCUUCAGUGAGACCGGAGCCGGAAAGCACGUCCCGAGAGCGCUUUUUGUGGACCUGGAGCCCACCGUCAUCGAUGAGGUGCGCAGUGGGACUUAUCACAAGCUGUUCCACCCUGAGCAGCUGAUCACUGGUAAGGAGGAUGCUGCUAACAAUUACGCCCGUGGACACUAUACCAUCGGCAAAGAGAUCAUCGACCUGGUGCUGGACAGGAUUCGCAAACUGUCUGACCAGUGCACCGGCCUUCAGGGCUUCCUGGUGUUCCACAGCUUUGGGGGCGGCACCGGCUCCGGCUUCACCUCUCUGCUGAUGGAGCGUCUCUCUGUCGAAUUUGGCAAGAAGUCCAAGCUGGAGUUCUCCAUCUACCCAGCCCCCCAGGUGUCCACCGCUGUGGUGGAGCCCUACAACUCCAUCCUGACCACCCACACCACCCUGGACCACUCAGACUGUGCGUUUAUGUUAGAUAACGAGGCCCUCUUUGAUAUCUGUCGUAGGAACCUCGAUAUUGAGCGUCCCUCUUACACCAACCUGAACAGGUUGAUCAGUCAGGUUGUGUCCUCCGUCACUGCUUCCCUUCGUUUUGAUGGCGCCCUGAAUGUUGAUCUGACAGAGUUCCAGACCAACCUGGUGCCAUAUCCCCGUAUCCACUUCCCCCUGGCCACCUAUGCCCCCGUCAUCUCAGCCGAGAAGGCUUACCACGAGCAGCUAACCGUGGCACAAAUCACCAGCUCCUGCUUUGAACCAGCCAACCAGAUGGUAAAAUGCGACCCUCGCCACGGCAAAUACAUGGCUUGCUGCCUUUUGUACCGUGGUGACGUAGUGCCCAAAGAUGUGAAUGCGGCCAUUGCCACCAUCAAAACCAAGCGCGCCAUCCAGUUUGUGGACUGGUGCCCCACUGGGUUCAAGGUUGGCAUCAACUACCAGCCACCCACCGUAGUUCCUGGUGGAGAUCUGGCCAAGGUCCAGAGGGCCGUGUGCAUGCUGAGCAACACCACUGCUAUUGCAGAGGCCUGGGCUCGGCUUGACCACAAGUUUGACCUGAUGUACUCCAAGCGGGCCUUUGUCCACUGGUAUGUGGGAGAGGGGAUGGAGGAGGGAGAGUUCUCUGAGGCCAGAGAGGACAUGGCAGCUCUGGAGAAGGAUUAUGAGGAGGUUGGAGCUGAUAGUGUGGGAGAUGAUGAGGAAGAGGGAGAAGAGUAUUAAACAGACCUCCCUUAUUGAUCUGUGAAAUGUUCAUUGUUCAUUAACUGGACUAAGUGUAUUCUUUCUUUAAAACACUUUCAAGUUUAUUAACGUUAUCUAUCCAAGACUUUAUUUGGAGAGCCAUGUAGAAAAGGUUCAACUAUAAUUGCUUUAUGUGAAUGUUAUCUGUUGUGAAGGAGCAAUUGCUGCAGUGCACUGCAAUUUAAUUAUAUUUGCUGCUCUUAAGUAAUUAAAUUUGUAAU